ACGUAACGACAUCUAUCGUUAUUAUUCUCAAAUAAACCAAAAUUAUUUUGUCACCAUCGUCGUUGUCAAUUGGUCCGAUAAUUUCUAAAUAUUUUGAUUUCGGUUUCGUAUCCUAGUGAUAAUAGCGAUGAAUACAAUUAUGUAGAAUUGACUUAACUUUAUCUUAAAUUUGAUAUUUACUAAUCUUAACGCCCACAUUUCAGGUAUCUGUAGAGUAUCAUUUGUAGAAGUUCAUUUAAGUACUGUCGUGUGUCUAGACACCCGCGCAUUAUAGCAGCGUAAGCAUAUCAAGUGCUGUAUGGAUAUGACACGGCGUUGACACCUGUUGAUAGUUUCGGCAAAUAAAUUGUCAUAGUCGUCUUCGAAGUUCGACUUUGUCAAUUUAAUAUUAUUCAUGGCGAACAACGAUAAUAUUUUUGUCGACGAACGAGAAGAUGUUCAAAAAAAGACUUUUACCAAAUGGAUAAAUUCUCAACUUGUAAAAGAAAACCAUGAACCCAUUUUUGAUUUAUUUUUGGAUUUGCAAAAUGGAACCAAAUUAUUGUAUUUAUUAGAAAUCUUAACUGGUAUUCAAAUUAAACCUGAAAAAGGUCGAAUGAGAGUUCAUCAUCUAAAUAAUGUCAAUAAGGCUUUACAAAUAUUAGAGCAAAACAAUGUGAAGCUAGUCAAUAUUAGCAGUAAUGACAUAGUUGAUGGCAGUCCAAAAUUAAUUCUUGGACUAGUUUGGAGUAUAAUAUUACAUUGGCAGGUUGAUUGUCAUUUAAAAGAAUUAAUGACAGAAUUGCAACAAACAAAUCUUGAAAAAACUCUUUUAGCAUGGUGUAGAUGUAAUUUAGAAGAAUAUGGAAUAGAUAUUAAAAAUUUUACCACUUGUUGGACUGAUGGGUUAGCUUUCAAUGCAUUAAUACAUAAGUUUCGAUCAGAUCUUAUAGACUAUAACGUAAUUUUAAAACAACAUUCAAAUGUUAGGCUUGAAAAUGCAUUUGCAACUGCUUAUGUACAUUUAAACAUUGAACGUCUAUUAGAUGUUGAAGAUGUUAACACUUCAGUUCCUGAUAAGAAGUCU